AUGCAUUGUUUUAUUCAGUGUACGCUUGGUAAAUAUUUUGAAAAAAAACAAGAUCUUGGUAAACCAUUAGAUAAAAAAAUUGAACGCUUAUUGGUAAGAAAUGAACUCUUGAAGAAGCAAGAACAUACGAAUGUAAAAACAAAUUCACCACACGUAAGGAAUAUAACACCGAAAAUGGAAGCAACGAGCAAACCAAAAAAAACUAACGUAAAAACGAAUUUACCACAAGUAAAGAAUAUAACACUGAAAACAGAAGUGUUGAACAAACCAAAACAAACUAACGUAAAAACGAAUUUACCACAAGUAAAGAAUAUAACACUGAAAACAGAAGUGUUGAACAAACCAAAACAAACUAACGUAAAAACGAAUUUACCACAAGUAAAGAAUAUAACACUGAAAACAGAAGUGUUGAACAAACCAAAACAAACUAACGUAAAAACGAAUUUACCACAAGUAAAGAAUAUAACACUGAAAACAGAAGUGUUGAACAAACCAAAACAAAAGAAUAUAAAAACAAAUUCACCACACGUAAAGAAUAUAACACCGAAAAUGGAGAUGCCGAACAAACCAAAACAAGCGAACGUAAAAAUUAAUUCAUCACACCUAAAGAAUAUAACACCGAAAACAGAAGUGUUAAACAAACCAAAGCAAACAAAUUUAAAAACUAAUUUACCACACCUAAAGAAUAUAACACCGAAAACAGAAGUGUUAAACAAACCAAAGCAAACAAAUUUAAAAACUAAUUUACCACACCUAAAGAAUAUAACACCGAAAACAGAAGUGUUAAACAAACCAAAGCAAACAAAUUUAAAAACUAAUUUACCACUCGUGCAAAAUAGAGUAUUAUUUAAUAAAGGAGAAUGGUUAAAAAACAAUUUUGAAAGUUAUGACAAAUAUUCAAAUCCAGUGUUUUCUUUUAUAUACAAGACCAUGAAAAGAAUUGAUUCUCACUUUGAAAAAAAAAUAUUCAGUUAUCUUGAAAAAUUAUAUAAAUCUAAGAAAAAUAUGGGAAUGAAUAAUAAGACUUUAAAAAAACUCUUAUUUAAUAUAAAUGCUAUAAGCUUUAUUAUAGGUUUUUUUAUUUUGAUACAAGGAUUUUUCGUUUAUAUACUUUCUUCAUUUGGAGUGGGAGGUUCUGGAGGAAUGGAUGCAUUAAAUAUUGUAAAUGUAUCGUUCAUUGCAGCACUUGUUACAUUUUUAUCAGCAGUUUUAUAUGUUAUUGAAAAAGUUAGAAAAUUUGAAAAAAUUGAAAACAUAAAAAUAUUAAAAUCUCGAAAAUCCCAAAUGAAAAAAAAGUAA